GAAUUGAUAACUCUAUUUUCAUAACAACUGAUUAAUCGUGGGAACUAUUAUCAGAUUAUUUUCGAAAAAAGAUUUUCAAUACUUUCAACAGUUCAUCACAGUUUUUUAGUUAGGUCAAGUACAAGCAUCAUGAGGGACGACCCAGUUAUCAAUUCACCAGUUUCCGUAAAAGGUAUUGGUGUGCGUCAUGGCCAAAUCCUGCUGCAGUUCUUAUUUUAUAUAAUUGUUUUUGGCAUUGAGAUUUCUCUCUCAUCCACUUUAUCAGCAAUGCUAGUCACAGACAAAAAGUUCGAAAACACCCCCAUAUCGACCGUAAGUCAAAUGAUGUGUUCGUACAUGUUUGGCUUUGUCAUAACAGAACUGUUUGGUGCAGUCCUCUGCAAAAGAUACGGAUUCAAAUGGCCGAUGGUUCUGCUAAUGAUCAUCAUUUCAGCCGUUACUCUGAAUCUACCAACGCUUACUGAUGAGUACGGCGCGCAUGGUAUCAUCGCUUGCAGAGCCGUACAAGGACUUUGUAUCGGUCUGCUGUUCUCAAUGCCUGCUGAGGUAAUUAGCAGAUGGGUUCCAAUCAAGGAACGUACAAUGUUGGGAACAACUGUUUAUGCAAGUGGAUUACUUGGUGAAGCAUUAGCCUUAUAUGCGGGUGGAUAUUUGUCUGGUACACGUCUCAACUGGACCUUCGUGUAUACGCAGCUAGGAUACUUGGCAAUAAUAUGGGUAGUCUUGAUGGCCAUUUUCGGCGCCGACUCACCCGAGCAAUACCAAAGGAAGAUCUCUGGGAGCGAAUUGGAUUACAUUGUUCAUAACAGAGGAAAUGUCACAAUCAAGAAGAAAAUGAGGAUACCAUGGAGGAAAAUUUUGACAUCAAUGCCAUUUUGGGCUAUUGUUGUCGCUCAAAUUGGUGCCGGUUGGAUUCUGUUUGUGCUGACAGUGAAUAUACCGCAAUAUAUGGCUUAUAACUAUAUGGUUCCUAUGACUCAGAAUACGAUCGUUGUAGUGAAUCUGAUAACAUGGGUAUUGAGUUUUUCAAUAGCUGGCAUUGCACAACUUCUCAUCAAUGAGGGAAGAACUACUAUAGAACAGUCACGAAAAUUGUUCAACACCCUUGGAAGCUGCAUCCCAGCAUUCUUCUUCAUACUGCUAGGUUUAGUUACACAGGGAAAUCAAUACGCUGGUAUGGCCAUCUGGGUCACCAUCUCUGUGACGAGUGUAGGAACCAUUUGUGGCUCUAAACUGAAUUCAAACGAUAUAACCACAAAUUUCGCUCCUGUGGUUUACGGGAUUGCCACAUGGAUCAGUCUGGUGUUCAACAUGAUCACCCUUACGAUCCUCACCAUGAAUUACAAUUUGGAUGACUGGAAUGUCAUUUUGAUAUUCUCUGCGCUUGUGGCAAUCUUGACGAAUUUAUUUUAUGUGAAGUUUGGAUCGGGAGAGGAACAAGAAUGGAAUUUGUACGAGGAUUUAGAAGAUGAAGAAAUCGAUCUAUCGAAGUCAACAUCUAGAGCAUCCGUGGAUGAAGGAAAAUAUUUACUGUAUGUAAGAAAACAAUAACCAAAAGAAUCAAUCCAUCAAAACUAAUUGAACAAAAAUUAUGUUGAAUAAGAGAAGGCUACAAAUUCAAUGGUUUUUGUUGGAUUUUAGAGUCGCACUUUCUGUAUAAUGGACAUUUACAAUCAUGAACAUACGAAGAGAUAUUAUAAAAUGAGUUGAUUUGUGAUUUAUAUGUCAGAAACAAUAAAAACUAUUUGGAAA